UUCCAUUUACUCUCUCUCCUCGCACAAGUCACGACGGCGAGUUGCGAUUCUGGGCUCGUGGAGAGGCCGUCUUCAGAAACCCUAAAAGUCCUGUUCGUAUCUGUACUGUUCUUCAGCUUUUGCCGGCCGCCGUUCUAGUUUUCAUCUCAUUGUGAAAAAUGGCCGAUUCUCAUCGCAAAAGGUACUCUCGAUCUCCUUCUCCCUGGAGAGCUCCUUCAAGAUCAAGAUCUAGAUCACGAUCUAGGCCAAGGUCUAGAUCCAGAUCGUGGUCAAGGCCAAGGUCCCGAAGUCGUGGAAGAUCAAGAUCCAGAAGUCGAGGAAGGGGGGAGAAUGUCAAUAACCCUGGGAAUACGCUUUAUGUCACUGGCCUAUCUACAAGGGUCACUGAAAGAGACCUUGAAGAACACUUUUCCAAGGAGGGCAAGGUAUCUUCUUGUUUCCUUGUGGUUGAACCUCGAACUCGGAUUUCCCGUGGUUUUGCAUUUGUAACGAUGGACAAUGUUGAUGAUGCUAAUCGGUGUGUUAAGCAUCUCAACCAGUCAAUUCUAGAAGGUCGAUAUAUAACUGUGGAGAAGUCACGGAGGAAACGGCCAAGAACUCCAACGCCAGGACACUACUUGGGGUUGAAAAGCACCAGAGACUCUGGCUACCGUGGCGAACGAGGUAGCAGGUAUCGUGGUGGCUCCUUCCGCGAGGACUAUGGGCAUCGUCGAUCCCCAAGACGCUCGCCAUAUCGAGGGGCCCGAGAGUACUCCCCUAGACACUCACCGCCUCCAUAUGGUGGUGGGAGAUCAAGGAGGGAUCACUCUAGGUCGCCUCCUUACUCUCCUUACGGCGGCGGCAGCCCAGAUAGGAGGUAUCCUCGUGGCUCUAGGUGAUAUUGCCCCCUUUAAUGUACUUUUGUGGUGCAAUUAGUUAAAAGACCUACAGUGGAUUAUGGUUGUGUGUGUAUUCGAACGUCUGUCUGUACCUCAUAGUUUUAAGCAGUCCAACUGCCAGAAUGUUACCAUAUGCUCUUUUGAUUUGGUGUUUUGACAUGGUUCUAUAAAAAACAUUGCUCUGUCUUUCGUA